AUGCUCCUCCCUGGCCUUCUGCUUCUGCUCUGGCUAUCUGCCAGCCUGGCCCGCCACGGCUCCACACUCUGGAGAGGCCCCCACAUCCACACCGAUGGGAACCCACGCUGCUACUCAGCCGAGGAGCUGCCCCUGGGCCAGGCUCCCGCACACCUGCUGGCUCGAGCUGCCAAGUGGGAGCAGACUUUGCCAGUAGCCCUGGUGUCCAGCCUGGAGGCGGUGGGCCGUAGGAGGUGGCAGGAGAGGCCCCCAGCGGGGACCCCGUGUCCGGUGCUGCAGGCUGAGGAGGUGCUAGAAGCCGACGUCCACCAGCGCUCCAUCUCGCCCUGGCGGUACCGUGUGGACACGGACGAGAACCGCUACCCACAGAAGCUGGCCGUCGCUGAGUGUCUGUGCAGGGGCUGCAUCAAUGCCAGGACCGGCCGCGAGACAGUGGCGCUCAACUCUGUGCCCCUGUACCAGAGCCUGCUGGUGCUGCGCCGCCAGCCCUGCUCCCUGGACGCGUCCGGAGUGCCCACACCCGGGGCCGUUGCCUUCCACGUGGAGUCCAUCAGAGUGCCCGUCGGCUGCACCUGCGUCCUGCCCAGGGUGGUGCGGUGA